GCUGACGUGAAAUAUGAACAGGCUAGAAAAAUAUCGAGCUUUUUGUUACGGAUUCAACGCACAUUCGACGAUUGCGCACAUUGCGCACUUGGAACGACUUAGGUGAAAUUUUAAGAAAUAUUUGUGAAAUUUUCAAUUUUUUGUUGGUCAGGCCAUUCAUCUCUUAUCUCACUCUUUGAUGCUGAUUUUUAGUCGGUAUGGAAUGCUUUGGAGUUGUAGGAAGGGCCAAGGGGAGGGACUCCAAUGUUUGUGGUCAUUGCCAAAAUUGAAAUGAAGAUUGAGAUUGUGUUUAGAUAGAUUUUCAGAAAAUUAAGAUGACACACUGUUUCAAGAGCUGUCAUUUUAUAAAGUUUCCAUUGGGGCUGGCCUCAAGAUGUGGUACACCAGAAUGGAACUUCAUUCAUAGGAACACUCAGCCGCCGGCCGUGCCGCCGUCCGUGUCCGUGUUGGCGCGGCAGGCCCGGCCGCUGGGCACCCACUGUUUGCUGCCGGCGGCGCUGGAGCCGGCGGCCGCCGCGGCCCGGGUGCCGGCGCCGGCUCCCGCCCACCAGCUGGAGCGCUGGAUGGACCAGCUGAGCCGGCAGCUGGUGGCGCUGGAGGCGGCGCACCAGCUGCAGACCUGCCCGGCGCCCGGCUCGCUGCGGGACGCCGGUCUGAGCGCGUGCGAGCGGCGCGCGUUCCGCCAGACGGCGCUGCAGUGUACCGCGCCGCCGCCGCCCGACGCGCCCGUGUCGCCGGCGGGGGAGCAGGACCGUGACCGCCAGGAGCGGCCCUCCGCCGACCAGCUGCGCGCUGUGGAGGCCAACCUCCUGAAGAACCUUCCACGACUUUUCGUCAUGACACAAGACUUCUCGAUAUACCACCAAAACUUGGUGUUUGACAACAGAAUACGCGGCACUAAAACGGUCGGGAUCGUGCCGUACAUCAAGCAGUGCGCUCUGCUGAGGAUCGUGGGCCACAUCAAGUUCAGCUACGUGACGCUGGAGGUGCUACAGAGCGCCACGCACGCAGAGGACGACACAGUGCGCAUCCGCUGGAGGAUCCGCGGCGUCAGCGCGCUCAAGUCGAUGCUCAUGUUCUGGAAGUUCAACGUAUUCAAGCUGGAGAAGGCGAUUGAUGAAUAUGGAGUCGAUUGGUACGACGGCUACUCGAUAUUCCAAGUAGGAGGCGAUGGCAAAGUCCAUACUCAUAUUGCCGAUAAGAUAAUGCCUGACUGGAGCCGUGACCUGGCCGUGAAGCCGGCGCUGGGCGGUCUGGCCGCGCUGGUGCUGGGACUUCUGCCGGGCACCGCGGGCGCCAGCGACCAGCUGGGUCACCUGCUGACCUCCGCCGGCGGCGACCAGGAGCAGGUGGCGCGGCUGAGGUCGCUGACCAGCCGGCUGGAGCAGCUGGAGAGACAGAUGGAGACCCUGCUGCCCCUGCCGCCCGGCGGCGCCCACUGGGAGACGGCCGGAGACACGUGAACUGGGUGUCGGCCGGCUGGACGGCACACCGACCUCACCGCCUCAGAAGUAUUUAUUGUAGUGGACCCCGGCUGGUCUGUAGUGCACGCGCUUCUUCCGCUCCCCUGUCCCCCGGUAGCUGGAGUGACGCCCGGCAGCGACCCUGUGACGUGAUCGGACUGUCGGAGGGUGCGCUCGUGUGAGGUGCGGCGGGAGUCAGGCUGUGCGCGGCGACACCGCCGUGGUGCGGACCGCCCGGCGAGCACCAGGUGAUGUGCAAUAUGCAUUGCACAGCGCACUAUCAUGGUGUGUUGUUUACAGCGACACGUGCUUGAUUGAAGUGUUGGUCUCCAUGCUGGGUGAGAUAGUGCCGCUGACUUUAAGUGGCGGAUAAUACUGGAUUAGUGUGUUGUAGGUGUGUAAUUUUAAUUAUGUCUCUGAAGGUGGCAUUGGUCGAGACGCGCGGCUGCGCCCCGCCGGCUGCUGGAAGUCUGAUGGAAGACCCAUUCAGAUCUCUGCAGACUCGCGAUAUUCGUGACAUGCAUCCGUUGACUUCCGUGGUAGCCCGUGGAACAUCGCCUCUGUCUGGUUCAUUUGCCUUCCUCUGGUGCUUUCAUUGGAAUGGAAGACGCGAACCUGUUGAUUGAUCAGCUUAUUGGCAAUGUGCUACCUGGUAGCGUCGAGGAAGCUAAUGCAAAAUACAUCACAGAAUCGCU